AUGGGCUUGGAACAGUUCAAUCAAGAUCUCGCCGCCUCCAAGAAGCUGGAGAUUCAUGGCGUAUCCAGGGUCCGGCGAGGAGACUCUGACGGCGAAGUGGUCUUUACCUGGGCGCCCAACGACGACACACCUCCCCUGGACAUCCAGAUCUUGAUCCUUGAUGUCGACUCUUACCCGAGAGACUCGAGCGUGUUGAUCUUCACGGGAUCAGAACACUCUUCACCCGAUGUCUCCUCUCUUCUCGAACGCCUGUCAGCGUCUCUUGCCAACAAGAGCAUCCAAACCAUCAUAGAAACUACUGCGGCAAAGCUUUUGACCAAGCCUGAAGCCGACGCCAAUGCGAGUGAGACUGCCAUAACCGAUUCCAGCGAAGAUGACGAAUGGGAAGAUCAAUACGACGAUUACUCGGACGACCUUUUCGAAAUUCCGUGCGGCUCCUCCAGAUCGCGGGUGACAAACAGCGACAAUGCUUCAUCCUCUGCCGCACGUCUGAAGAGAGAAUUGCGAAUCGCCCACGCAGCCGGUAUCUCUAUUGGCAUUUUCCCCCGGAAGUCGGUCCGAAACGCUGAGUUCUACUCACUCUCUCUCCGAGUUAAGAAGCUUGGAAUUCCCGAACAUGCUCUCGAAGCAUGGGGUCUUGAGCGCUGCGAAUACCUGGUCCUCCUGUGUCGAUUUCCAAUCAGCUACCUGCCCAUUUCGCAACUUAUGGACUACCAACUCGACGACUUUAAGCUACAAUUUCGCUUUGGAAAAUGCUCCAAGCCCAAACCGACCGUCGAUACAGCUCGUCUCGCCUUUGCUGUCCCGUCUGACGGAGCCCCUGAAAACCCAGAGGGCCCUUGCGAAGAGGUCAAAGAUGGCAAUGGGAGCUUUAUACCUCUUUACGUAUCCAACUCGAUCAACAUGCUCAUGAACACUCACUUCGUGGCUUUGUUGAAGAUGAGGCGACGUGACGGGUUAUCAUGGGACGGAGCUUUACGCCGUCUGCCAACUGGCUCACGCAACAAUCCUACAUUGCCCACGGCCUGUACAGAUGCAAGCGCGUCUAAAUAUUUCGAAGCUCCAGUCUCCGAGAACGCGAUACCUUCAUUGAGGCACGACUAUGCUUUGGACGAUAAUGAUAAGUUCAGUCUUCCCAUGGUUGCCAUGCAGUUCGCACUACGGCACCUAGCCCGCUGCACAAAGUAUUGCAUGGUCUGUCACCAAAGGGUAGAAGAUGGGUUUGAGGCUCUCAAGCCCUACGUCUGCUCUAGUCCUCUUUGCAAUUACCAGUUUCUGAAUCUUGGCAUGGGAGCAAGCAUUGAGCAUGAAAUCGUCAGUAACCCCUACGUCGUCGACAUCCUCAUUAGCUUUUUCGCCGCCGCCCUUGCAGUCCCAAAGAGCGUAAGAAAGUUGCCUACUGGUCUCAACAUAAAGAGUAUCUUCACCGGGAACAAGACCAGGGAAGCUGUUCGCAUUGCUGCCGAAGUGUGUUUCUUCGACAAGACCAUCCGCCUUGUUCCGGAUGCGAAGAAGGCGAACAUCAACAUCAAAGUCGGCGAUAAACUUAUGAUCGUUCUCAACACCGCAAACACCCUUCCAGUGCCGGCAAUACUCGAUGGAAUGACAAAGGUUGAAGGCGAGCUCUACACGUUCGAGGUCAUUAUCACCUUUACACUUCCCCUGAAGGUGCCGAGGUCGUCGCAAGAAGAAAAGACUACACAGCUUUCAGAGCGCAAGAAAGCAUGGAUCAAAGUUAUGCUUCUUCGGUACGAUUGUGAGAUUGAUUUUCUGGACGAAUACAGCCGAGGCGUUGCUCUGGCCAUGAUCUUGCACGGGAUGCCCUCCGUCCUGGACAUGAGGAGAUUACCGCCUCAAUGGAUGCAAUUCCGCUUUCUACAAGGGACCCCGGAACGCGAGCGUAUCUUCACGGGAGAGAUUGCGACCCUCUCAAAGUCCGAAGAAGACACGGCAAAGUUUCCUACCAUAUUUGCAUGGCAUGGCAGCACUCUGCACAAUUGGCACAGCAUCAUACGAACGGGCCUUGACUUUAACAAGGUCAUCAACGGACGUUCCUUCGGAGACGGCGUGUACAUGAGCAACAAUUUUCAAGUGAGCUUGGGUUACUGCCAGAAAGGGGCCAAUACUAAGACGACAAGCCCGCCACCGGUACCGUACUGGCCGAACUCCGUGCUCAGGCCGUCCUCUGCCAUCAGCAUCUGUGAGGUUAUAAAUCGGUGCGACCAGUUUGUGCAGACUACACCCCAUUAUGUGGUCAAUCAGAUUGAGUGGAUUCAGUGCAGAUAUCUGUUCGUCUGCGUCGAGCCGAACGCAGAAGCUUUAAAAGAGCCAUUUCCUACCAAACCAAGAGAGCCUUGUGCUGGCUACGUGGCUCAACAUCCGCCGAGAAAACUCCUUGCUGGUCUACACAAAGAGGUUAAGAUCCCCUUGUCAGCAAUACUCUCGACUCGCCGGCUCCUUGGCCAUAAGGCUGAUGGUGAACUCGAUGACGCUGAGCUGCGCCAACCGAUGAACCAAUCUUUGGAGACGGAUUCUGAAUCGCCUGACAGCGAUCACGGAGAUACGGACAACGAACUGCUUUUCAACUCCGAGGAUGACGACAGUGUUGGUGUACGAUCCAAUAAGCGGCGAAGCUCGUCGAUAGACUCUGCCGACCCCAGGAGGCCCAAGCUCAGCUCUGCAGAAUACUCGAAGAAGAUGCCUAAGGAGAACGCAGCUGUGACGUUUGAGACGGACUUUGUGCCCGGCACCCUGGAUCUGGACUCUCUGCCAAGGCUGCCAGAACCCAGCUGGGCAUCGACCUCGCCAAUGGCCACCAGGACCCUCAACCGCGCCAUCAAGGAGCUGCAUGACAUUCAGAGCAAAGAAGACCUUGCAUCGCUGGGGUGGUACAUUAACUUUGACAAGCUAGACAAUGUGUUUCACUGGACCGUUGAGAUGCACAGCUUCGAUCCCGAGCUCCCCCUCGCAAAGGACAUGAAGGAAAGGGGCUGCACCAGCAUCGUGCUCGAGUUCCGUUUCGGCUCAAACUUUCCCUACAGCCCCCCGUUUGUCCGUGUCAUACGGCCGCGAUUCUUGCCUUUCAUGAGGGGAGGCGGCGGCCACGUCACCGCGGGCGGAGCUAUCUGCUCGGAAAUGCUCACGAACUCGGGAUGGUCGGCAGUCAUGACGAUUGAAAAGGUGCUUUUGCAAAUCCGACUUGGACUGACGGAAAUGGAUCCUCCGGCGAGACUGGACUCGAUGGGAGGGGUGAGCGACACUCGGGAUUAUGCCAUCGGCGAGGCGAUUGAUGCCUACCAGCGGGCCGCGACGGCGCAUGGGUGGCGGAUUCCGAGGGAUCUGAGGAACAUUGGGUCUUCUUGGGCUCCAGAGCCGAAGAAGCAGGAGUGA